CAGUUUUGCCAUAAAAUUACAUUCAACAUCGGAUCCAACCCAAACAAAAGGGAAUACUAAUUCUUUUUGUGGCUUCACUCCAUUGCCGCCGCCGCCGCGCUAAUCACUAACCACCGCCGUUCACUUUACUUUCUUACAUUCUUUCCACUUUUCCCCUCAACCUUUGUUUCGAGGUUUACCAGUAAAAAAUAAACAUAAUUUCGUAAACAUUUGCAUAAUUCCAUGUGUGGAGAGAUGGAAAGCUGCAUUAGCAGCAGCAACGGUCAACGAACAGCUGAGGAUAUCAUUGGUGGAAACGCCAAAGCUAUUCAAACCCUCAGAGAGUUUAUCACAUACCCUCAUCUCUUCUCUACUGAAGCAAAGAAGCUUGGCCUUAAAUGGCCAAGAGGGUUAUUGCUGUAUGGUCCACCAGGCACUGGAAAGACCAGUUUGGUAGAGGCAGUUGUUAAGAUCGAAUGUGGGGCAAAUUUGACAAUUAUCAGCCCACACAGUGUUCUUAGCGCAAAAGCUGGUGAAAGUGAGAGAAAUCUCCGUGAGGCCUUUUCAGAGGCAUCAUCUCAUGUAGCCUUGGGCAAGUCUUCAGUUAUCUUCAUAGACGAAAUAGAUGCACUUUGUCCUCGUCGAGAUUCCAAAAGAGAGCAAGAUGUCCGAGUUGCUUCCCAACUUUUUACUUUGAUGGACUCAAACAAACCAACCUCUUCUACACCAGGUGUUGUUGUGGUUGCCUCGACUAACAGUGUGGAUGCAAUUGACCCUGCCCUAAGACGGUAUGGACGUUUUGAUGCUGAAAUUGAAGUCACGGUCCCAAAUGAAAAGGAGCGUCUUCAAAUUCUAGAGCUGUAUACAAGGAGGAUUCCUCGGGAUUCAUGCGACUUAGAAUCCAUUGCUGCAUCAUGCAAUGGAUAUGUCGGAGCUGAUUUAAUGGCAUUGUGUCGUGAAGCUAUCGAAUCUGCAGUCGAAAGGUCCUCCAAUGCCAAUAAAGAUGUUAGUAAUUCCAGUUUAACAAUGGAAGAUUGGAAGAAAGCAAGGUCCCUUGUUAAACCAAGUAUAACAAGAGGCAUCACUGUGGAUAUUCCCAAAGUGACUUGGAAAGACAUUGGGGGAUUGAAAGACUUGAAGAAAAAGCUCGAGCAAGCCGUUGAGUGGCCUAUGAAGCAUGCUGCCACAUUUUCAAGAUUGGGAAUAACCCCUGUUCGUGGAAUUCUUCUCCAUGGGCCUCCAGGAUGUUCCAAAACUACUCUUGCUAAGGCUGCUGCAAAUGCUGCUAAUGUCCCUUUCUUUUCCUUGAGUGGUGCAGAAUUAUUUUCAAUGUAUGUCGGAGAGGGAGAAGGUUUGCUUCGUAAUACAUUUCGCAAAGCACGGCUUGCGGGAAAAAGUAUAAUAUUUUUUGAUGAGGCUGAUGUAGUAGCUGGCAAACGGGGUGAUGGUUCGAGCGGUGGUGCUGUAGUGGGAGAAAGACUUUUAUCCACUCUGCUUACUGAGAUGGAUGGCUUAGAAGAAGCUAAAGGAGUCCUUGUUUUGGCAGCUACAAAUCGCCCUUAUGCAAUCGACGCUGCACUUAUGCGUCCCGGACGAUUUGAUUUGGUUUUGUAUGUGCCGCCACCUGAUUUGGAGGGUCGAUUUGAGAUACUUAAUGUACACACAAGUAAGAUGAACUUAGGGAGUGAUGUUGAUCUCAGAAGAUUAGCAGAAGACACUGAGCUCUUCACAGGCGCCGAACUAAAGGGAUUAUGUAAUGAAGCUGGAAUAGUAGCUCUGAGAGAAAACAUUCAUGCUAGUGUUGUUUGUGACCGCCAUUUCCAGAUUGUAAAGAAUUCUUUAAAACCAGCAUUAACAACAGAAGAAAUUGAUUCAUACUCAUCUUUUAUGAGGACAUCGUCUCGAAAACCAUAAGAACUAAGAACAAGUUGUUUCCUUUGUCUUUGGUUGAAGUUGGUGUAGUCAGUUUUAUGUUUGUUUUUUGUUACUGCUAAAUACUAUAAUAUUUCAUUUUUGUCUUUGACAUAGUUUUAUUAGUAGUACUAGAAAUAAUAUAUACUCAAAUCAAAUUGUAAUUAGUUUUCUUUUGCUGCAAUAUGGCAAUAUCUACUU